UUAAAAUUUAAUAUUUUGUUAUUAUCAGCUGUCAUAAAAUGGCGAUGUUGAAUACUCUUUCCGAAACGGUAUCUGAUGAGCAGGAGAUUAAAACAUUAUAUAUUGGAAAUUUGCCCUUGGAGGCCAAUGAAACAUUAUUAGUAGAUUUAUUUCAAAAUUUAGGAGCUGUUGUUAGUUGUAAAAUUAUAAGAGAUGGAUUAUCUGAUCCAUAUUGUUUCAUUGAAUAUGCUGAUCAAAAUUCAGCAAUGAAUGCUCGCACUGCUAUGGAUGGUCGUAAUUUAUUAGGAAAGAACCUCAAAGUUAAUUGGGCAUCCUCAUCUGGUGUAGUAACUAAUAAAGUUGACACAAGCAGUAUAAUAAAUCUUAAUAUAUAUCAAUCUAUAAUUUUUAUAGAACAUUUUCAUGUAUUUGUUGGGGAUUUAAGUCCUGAUAUAUCCACCCAAAGAUUAAGGGAUUCUUUUAAACAGUUUGGAAAUAUCUCGGAUUGCCGUGUAGUUAAAGAUUUACAAACCCUUAAAUCAAAGGGUUAUGGAUUUGUUUCAUAUAUUAAUAAACAGGAUGCUGAGAAUGCAAUGACAAGUAUGAAUGGCCAAUGGUUAGGAAACAGAGUUAUAAGGACAAACUGGGCUACAAGAAAACCCUUUCCAUUGCAAAUAAAUAACAAAAAUUCAAAUAUAUAUUAUUCUAAUAGUCAAAAUGACGAAUCAAAUUAUAAAUCCAAUAUAAAUCAAAAUAAUUUACAUGGAUAUCAGAGCAGUAACCUUAAUAAAAAAUCAUUAUCUUAUAAUGAUGUAUUUGCUCGUACAACUCCAUCCAACACUACAGUUUAUUGUGGCGGUAUUCAAAGUGGUUUAACAGAACAAAUGAUAAGGGAAAACUUUCACAAGUUUGGAGAUAUUAUUGAUGUCAGAAUUUUCAAAGAAAAGGGAUAUGCAUUUAUAAAGUUUUUAAAGAAAGAAUCAGCUUGUAAUGCCAUAGUAAGUGUCAAUAACACUCAAAUAUCAGGAUUUGGUGUUAAAUGCUCCUGGGGUAAAGAAAAUAUUGAUUCAAAUCAUUUAAUAAAUAAUGAAGAUGGUCUCAACAACAACAACUAUUAUUAUAAUAACCCUGUUGAAAAUGUGGACAUGAUAAAUUUAAAUCCUACAGCAAAAAUGGGCCUCUUAUCACCAUUUAUAUUAGCUUCUCCUCCUUCCAUGCCCCUACCUGGUGGAACAAAUUAUCAAUAUCAGCAACCUAAUUUGAUUUUAGGGCUAGUAGGAUCCACUAAUCAAAAUCAAAAUAUACAGCAAAAUUAUCAAAAUUAUGCAUUCAAUAAUGGCAAUAAUUUUAACAACAUGAACAAUAGUAAAUUUGAUAACUUGGUUAACAAUAACAGAAAUCAGCAACAAUUAGCAUUGCAUCAAAAUUUGAUAAAUCAAGUUACACCUCAUCAAAAUUUACAGCACCAACAAUAUAUAAAUGAUAACACUUUAUCCAAUCAAUAUCAACUGCAAUACGCUUAUAAUAACGCCAAUACUUCACACUCUUCAUCACUUUUGCAGAGCAAGGAAAUAUCGGUCAAUAAAGUUAACUACAACAACGGUAAACCUGUUAAUCCAUCUAACACUAACAACAAUCUUGUCAUGGCUAUGCUCUCUUCCUCUCAAUUCGCUUCACUUCCCAAAACUAACAACCAUAUGAAUAUGGGCAACAAUCAAAACAACAAUUUGAUGAACAUUAACGAGGCUCAAAUGCGUAAUAAUAUGAUGCAAACACCUACUAAUUCAUUGACAUCCCCAAAUCCUAAUAAUAGCAACUUAAAUUAUCCCAUUGUGAAUGCAAACACAGUGGUUGCUUCAAAUCAAAUGUCUAAUUACCCUUAUGGCAUUGGUUAUCCACAAUAUUGGUACAAUACUGCUAUGCCUGCUCAAUAUUUAUCACAUCAGGAUAUUACUCAUCAAGGUUGGUCUCCUAUAUCAGCCAUUCCACAGCCUAAUAAUUAUAUAAAUCCUUGUCCUACACCUUUGUCUAAUAUUAUGGCGCCAGUGUCUACAUUUUCAUGAUCGAUAUAAGGAUUCACUCAACAUGAUUAUGCAUACAAAAUUUACUACAAAUCCAGUCAGCCUUUAUUACUUUGAAAUUAAAAUUUGUUAUGAAAGUCGCAUUGACGAGAUUUUAUUUUAUUCCGUCUAAUUUUUUAAUAUAUAUACUAUAUUAAUUAACUUGUAAUAUAUUAUACAUAUAUGGAAUAUGAUUUGCGAUUUUUGUAAUAAACAAUAUACUGAAGAACCCGGUAUUGCAUGCAAUAUCAAA